CUCGACAUUAAUAAAGAACCACUCCGCUAGUAUUAUUAUCGUCAUGAAUCGACAACCAAGACGUGGCGGCAACAACCGCCAACUACCGCGUCAACACCAAAGCACAUCGCGGUCCGCAGGUAGUAACACGCGGAACGAUAGCAUCGCGCCAGGGUUGUCGGUCGCUGUCGUCCAGAAGCAUGACCAACCCACGGGGCGGCUGACGUAUGGUGUCGUCGCAGCCACGUUGACCAGUUCGGCCGUGCACCCCCGAGGCAUCAAGGUCCGCUUGACGGACGGCACCGUGGGUCGAGUGCAGCACAUCCAGCCCGCGGAUGCUUCAAAAGUACACACGGCAUCGUCUUUUGCAUGCACGGACGAGUCGGACUUCGUGCGACCACCACCGCCGACAACGUCGCUGCUCGACUGGAUGCACCCUUCCCGUCGCACCCCCAACGCACCGCCAUCGCAGCCUUCCAUACCACAGAAAUUCCACGACCUCGUCACCGCGCGUAGUACGCCCGCCGCUGCCAUCGUCGACGACGAACACGCUACUUGGAACUGCGCCGUGUGCACGUUUGAAAACUCGAGCUUUCUCGUGUCUUGCGAAAUGUGUCUGUCGUCCAAGCCCGAAUCAUCAUGAUUUAUUCGUCCAUGUUAUUAAUAUAUUGGUAGACAACUCCAGU